ACAGAACUAUUUUUUUACGUUGUCAGCAUUGCUUUAGCGCAAACAUAAAGGCCCGAAUAUUGAGCUGCACGGACAGAUUAAAAUAAUAAUAAUAAUAUUCGGAAUAAGGGAAUCUCGCAUAAUGGAUAUUUCUGGAGGAUCCCCGACAUUUACGCAGCUUUUACGCGAUUUACCUGAUCUGGAACAUGAUGGGGGUUCGCAGGAGCAAAAGUCUGGCAGACAAUCACCAACGGCCUUUUUUCGUUCCGACAUACAGCCCUUUAUGAUAAAGGAUGCGUUAUGGACAGCUGACACACAGGACUUUGAUGCAAUUCUACCGUUCACUGUGGCCCAAGUACACUGCUCAGAAUCAAGCCCACCCGAAAACUACUGUUGGGCCGGGAACUUGCUGCUUCACGAGCCGGCGCUCCAGGGACAAGACUGCCCGGAGACAGACCCAGCAGAAUCUGGAACGCUAGAGGGAAAAAGUCACACACCCCCGGUUUCGGCGAUUCGUCACAACAAGCGCCAAAAAAGCCGAGACUCCGCACCGGCGAAAAACGGCACAGACGACCACAUAAAUCUAGAGCUGGGGGAUUCCGGCGCCCCGAGCAUUCCGAAUGAAACACCCAAGAGACCUGUUUUUAAUGACAUGUCAGAUGUUGAUGACCAGCUAUUCUGUGAUGCGGCCAACCUUAUAGACCCAGUCAAUUCUACGGCCUCAGUACCUGCAGCCGAACAAGAAAGGUUUUUCACAUUAUUUUCCAGGGCUUUGAAAUCGAGGAAUGUUUUGCUAUACAAACGACUGGGGGAUUUAAUUGAGAGACAGUACAGAGACGAUAUGUUAUUCUGGCAUAGAACAAUUCCACGCAUGUUAAACAGCAACCCCAUUAAAAAACGCAAAUACAGACGCUAAAAUCAUACAUGUAACACCAACCAUUACAGAAAGAAAAAAACGAACACUCUUAAUUAUCCAAAAAUGGCAGAACUAACGUAACACGGGGAGACAGUUGAAAGCCUCUUAUCCCAGAUUCCAGACGAACUCCUAGAAGUUAUAAGACGUAUGAACGAUUCAGGAACGUUAGAUGAAAGCAUAUUAACACAGAUUCCAGCCGAACUCUUAGAA